CGCAGGACUUCAUUAACGCGCGCGCUCAAACUCACACACACACACACACACACACCGCGGCGUUGCUCUCUCCAUCCUCGGAGACGCUGGAUGGGAUUUUUUCUCUGUUGACCUUCACACAUAUUUGGGAUUUGAACAGAGAGAAAGAGAGACAGAGGAGAGAAGAAGACAGAAGAGGAGUGUGUUGUGUUGUGUUGUGUUGUGUUGUGCUGAGUGUGUGUGUGUGAGGUGUUUUUUAUUCCCGGGCCUUUUCUCUCUCUCUCUCUCUCUCUCUCUCUCUCUCUCUCUCUCUCUCUUCAUUAUUUAUUUCCGUUAUUGAUGGUGGAGAUUUCCGCGCCUGCACGAAUCGCGUGGUGACAUUAGUGACAUUUUGGGUGUUUCCGUGCGCGUGCCAUGGCUCGGCCGCGACCCCGCGACUAUAAAGCAGGAGAUCUGGUUUUCGCCAAGAUGAAGGGAUACCCGCACUGGCCCGCGAGGAUUGAUGAGCUUCCAGAGGGAGCUGUGAAGCCUCCUGCUAAUAAAUACCCCAUCUUCUUCUUUGGCACCCAUGAAACUGCGUUCCUUGGCCCUAAAGAUCUGCUGCCAUAUAAAGAGUAUAAAGAGAAGUUUGGCAAGUCAAAUAAGAGGAAAGGCUUCAAUGAGGGACUGUGGGAGAUCGAGAACAACCCUGGAGUCAAGUUCACUGGGUACCAGAGCGUGCAGCAGCAGAGCUGGUCGGAGGGGGAAGGGGCUGAAGCAGCAGAUGGCAGCAGUGAGGUUGAGGAAGGUGAAUCCAUUGGAGAGGAAGAGGAAGGAAAGGUGAAGGGUGAAAAGGUCGGAUCCAAACGGAAAAAGACAGCGUCCUCAAAGAAGUCAAAGUUGUCCAGGAAGUGCUCUGCUGAGGAGGAAGAGGAGAAGGACGGUAAAGAAGACGAGGAGAAAAAAGACAACGAUAACGACCUGCAGAACUCAGACAAGAAGACGUGCUGUCCAGGGCAGAACCAGCUGCUCCGAGAGGAACAUUAGAUCCUGAAGUAAAUCUGAUCAUGUUGUGGUUUGUUCUGUGAUGUUGGAAAUGUAACUCGCUUUGACAUCAAAAUAAUAAAGAAAAGAAAAAACGUAAUUAUAAAAAUCACUGAUCAGAAAAUAAUAUUAAAGCCACAAGUACAGAGAAAUUCAUCCAUGUCAUCAACCGAGCCAAGCUGAAGCAAAAACACGUAGAAUUAAAGGGGCGGUAAGUCAUAUUCUUUAUUACACCUGCAGCUUUUAAAGGCCUGCAGUGAUUUUGAUGAAGUGUUUGAAGGUUUUGUUGUUCUAGUGUUCUUAGUGUGAAUUUGGCUGAAAUGUUGCUUACUGCCCCUUUAAUGUGCAGUGUUAACUAACACUUUAUCAGAUGUAAUAUAGUCAUCAGUUUAGUGUGAUGUUCUAGCUGUAGCUGUUAUAGCUGGAGUGUUCACCUGGAAACCAGCCCACUCUGUCCUUUGACCUUUCACCCCGAACCCUGACCUUUUACCCUGAACCCUAACCUUUUUAUGUUAAACCUUGAUUUUUUUAUACUAAACCCUGACUGGUCUAGCCCUAAACUUUGACCCUUCGACAUAACACUGUUCAUGAUUUGCUGCCUUUCCAUAAGCUUUUACUUUAACACUACCUAUUAAGUGUGAACUCUGACCUUUGAUCCUGACGGUUUAACUCAGACUUUUUUCUUGCUAAACCUUGUAAUGUCGAGCCCUUACUCCAAUCAUUAACCCUAAUGCUGACCUUUCACCCUGUUACUCUUUUCUUUCUUCUAAAACUGAAGCUUUAAACUGAAGCUCCUAUCUUUGACCCCGGCCUUGACCUUUCACCUUCACUCUUUUCGUAACUUUUCCUAAAUGUGACCUUAACCUGAUCUCCUACUGUAUACCUAACAUCUGACCUUUCACCCCAGACAUACAUUAAAGCUUCUCGUUCCUUGCUUAGAGUAACCUUUAACCUUUCACCUUAAUUUCUUUAUCUUUAACCCUAAACUCCUAAACUGACCUUUUUAGUUCUCCUCUUUGCACUUUUACCCUCUGACCUUUGACCCUGUACAUGCUGUGUAUAAACCCAUGAGAGGCAGACAGACAGACAGACAGACAGACAGCGUGAUAAGUAUAAAUAGUGGUUUUUAGUAACACACUGUUGAUGGUUUGAGUUCAUGUUGCUGUAGAAUUCGGGACCACGCGAACAGAUUAAUGAUCUUUUUUGUUUAGUUUUGUUUUGUUUGUUUGUUUGUUUGUUUGUUCAUUUUUUAUAUAAAUAAAGUGAAUUUUGGUUCCUGUGUCUGUGCGCUCGCUUGUUUCUUAGCUCUUUAGUGGCAUGCUGUCUGUCUUAUUAAUUCUGUAAUAUAAAACUCGCUUGGAUAUUAGCUCCGAGUCUGAGGCAGGAAGUGUCUCUUAACAUUUAGCACUUCGUAACAUCAUCACUGAACUGAAGACGCUCUUUUACUUCCUGAUCUGUGUUUAUACAAAGAAUAUAUUCUAUUUAUUUUUGAUGAUGGUAGAUGAAACAUCUGUGGUAAGUGUUAGCGCAUUCUCAUGUCCUGAUUUAGUCACAUGACACAUGUUUCUGUGGCAGUGUGGGCGGAGCUUACAGUGAUCAUAUGACAUUAUUGGGGAUCCUAUUGGUACACACAGCCAACUUCCUGUUAUAUUACCCAACUACACUCGAGCGUCAAGCCAAAGAAUAAAAACAAAUCUUGCUGAUGUCACACAUUCAAAUCCACUGGGAUGGGAUUUAAAGCCCCGCCCCUUGUUAACUCAGACAUGCUUGUCAGUGGGUAAAAUCAUUACAAAGAGAUGUAGAUUUUUUUUGCCCCUCUUUAUCUUUGUUCUGCUCGUUACAGUUCUAUCUUACAUUUUCAACGUUUGUAGUUCACUGUAAACUGUUUUUCCUGUUUAUUCACAAAACUUUUACAAAAUAAAUUUGUUGGAAUGCACA